CUGAACUGUAGAGGACAAAGCUCUGGCCAUUUUAUAUAUAUCGAUGCCUGCUCUGGCUCUGGUCUCUCGCAACCACACCGUGCGCCCUUCGAACGCAUCUACUGGGCACCACCGGCGAGUCUUCUGCAUCCUCGAUGGAGAACCAUGGCCCCAAACCAAUCCGAUGCAAAGCGGCCGUGUGCAGGGCCGCCGGCGAGCCGCUGGCCAUCGAGGAGAUCGUCGUGGACCCGCCCAAGGAGCACGAGGUCAGGAUAAGGAUCAUCUGCACGUCGCUCUGCCACAGCGACGUCACGUUCUGGCGCAUGAAGGAUUUCCCUGGCAUUUUCCCCAGAAUAUUUGGCCACGAAGCCUUCGGGGUUGUGGAGAGCGUCGGCGAGCACGUGGAGGAGUUCGCCGCGGGCGACGCCGUGGUGCCGACGUUCCUGGGGCAGUGCAGCGAGUGCGUGGACUGCAGGUCCGCGCGGAGCAACAUGUGCUCCAAGUACCGGUUCGCGGUGCGCCCGGGGAUGCCGCGCGACGGCACCACCCGGUUCAGCGACGCCCAGGGGCGCCCGCUCCACCACUUCCUGGGCGUGUCCAGCUUCGCCGAGUACACCGUGGUGGACGUGAACCACGCCGUCAAGGUCAACCCCGCCAUGCCGCCGGCGCUCGCCUGCCUGCUCAGCUGCGGCGCCUCCACUGGUGUCGGAGCCGCAUGGAAGCUGGCGAAAGUUGAGCCUGGAUCUUCGGUCGCUAUCUUUGGCCUCGGCGCUGUAGGAUUGGCGGUAGCUGAAGGAGCCAGGAUUUGUGGGGCGUCAAAGAUAAUAGGCGUGGAUAUAAACCCUGAUAAAUAUGAACUUGGCAAGAAGUUCGGCAUGACACAUUUUAUCAAUCCAAAAGAACUUGGCGAGAAACCUGUCUACCAGGCGAUCGUCGAGAUGACUGACGGUGGCGCGGACUACUGCUUCGAGUGCAUUGGACUGGCAGCGCUGAUGAACGACGCAUUUCAGAGCUCCCGAGAGGGGUGGGGCAAGACGAUCAUUCUUGGAGUGGAAAUGCACGGCGCCCCUCUCGCUGUCUCUUCUCAUGAGAUCCUCCGCGGGAAGUCUGUCAUUGGGUCCAUGUUCGGAGGGGUGAAGCCUAAGCAGGACAUUCCCAUUCUCGCAGACAAGUACCUGAACAAGGAGCUGGAGCUUGACAAGUUCAUAACCCAUGAAGUUGGCCUCAAUGACAUCAAUGAAGCUUUUGACCUGCUGCUCCAAGGGAAGAGUGUCAGGUGCACCAUAUGGAUGGACAGGUGAUGCAACUAGAGUUUCGGAACCGAACGUGAAGCUGCGCUGUGAUGCUUGCGCCUCUUUCAGUGGAAAUUAAUGGUUUAGCAGCUGCCAAAAUAAAUGUUCUCUGUAUUGUGCAUUCGAGUUUUCCAUUCUUUUUCUUUACGUUCAAAUGUCAAACUAGACCUGAUUAACGUUCCCACAUUUUAAAUUGCGGCUCUAUCUAGUUAUUUUUCACAA